UCGUUUCUCCGUACCCUACGUUAGGUCUGGGCCUCGAACAGCAUUUCAUCAAAUAACCAAACAGUAAAGGUGUGACGUAAAAUGAUGCCUGCCAUGCGAAAUAAACAUGUCGACGAACUGACAGCUGCGAUACGAGUUAUGACGUUGAAGGCAGUAGUAGCAGCAGCAGCAGCAGCAGCACCCACUGAGUCGACUAUCAAUGUCACAGCAAAGUUGAAAAGCCAGACUCUUGCAACAACAACGGCACAUGCCACACAACAGCAAAGUGUAAUGGCAAUAAAGCACAUAAGCCAAGGAACAACAUGGAAAAAAAUGUCACAAGCAAAUGCGCAAAGGUCUGCGGCUAAAAAAAUACCGUAAAUAUUUGAAUUCGUACAUAUGAGAAACGAACAGCAGUAAGGCAGUUUAAUCACUCACCAUUUGAAAUUGCAAGAUUCCUAAAACUGCAUUUUUUCUGCGGAAUAUCAACUAAAAAGCACAAAAACAGCGAAAAUUUCACUCGACAUAAAAAAUUUAUUUUGCAAAUCACUAGCAAAAAUAUUGCUAUAAGUAAUGAAAGUAAGAAAAGAAAAUUCAUAUACCAAACUAAUAAAUAUCGUGAUUGUGUAAAAAGGCGACUGAGUGUGACCAGCACAAAAAUCAAGUUACAGCGUCUUCAAAAAAAGGAAAAAAAAAUGCUGUGAGACAUAUAAAAUUAGAAAAUAUAUGCCUGCACAUAACUAACUACAACUCAUUGAAUUCGCCGUGAAACUACUUAGUAACACGCAGAAAAGGAGAAACCUGUCACUCGAUGACGAUAACAGCAAACGGCGCACGACAGCCUCAUUAACAUACCGGAUUUCUACCGAAAAUAGAAGGUCGCACAAGGCAGCGAAAAUAUAGUUGAAAAAAAACCACGAAACAAAAAAAAAGUUUGUGAGAUUAAAUUUCAGAAAUUUACAGCCAAUAAGUUUCACUUUCUUUUGGCUAAAUAGCAGUUUGGCUUUAAUUGCAAAAGAAACACAAACUCGUUUCCAAUUCCUUUGAGUCAAAAGGUGAUCGCAUCAGUCAACAGCAGCACCGGCAUACAUAUAAACAACGUACAUAAUUAAUUUGUGUUUGUUUUACGAUGAAAUCGGUUUUUGCAACCUCUCUAUUUUAACUCCAGUUUUUAUCAAAUGAAAAAUAUUAUACUUAAUUCGAGAUAAUAAAUGAAGCUCUGCGUUUGAACAAUACGUAGUUCUUGUUGUUGGAGACACUUCAAAAGAAAAAGGUAUGUUCAACGUCUGGAUAAUUCAUGAAUGGUUUCGUAAUAAAUUUUCACAGAUAAAAUACGACACACAGCACAAAACUGAACGCAACGAAGCGAGGCAUUAAAGCAUAAAAAAUUCAUGCAAACAAAAAAACAAACAGAAGCGAAAGGACAUAAAAUUAAACAAAAGACAGCGGUGUGUACGCUUUUGGCGGGAGAGUGAGAGAGACCGGAAACGCGCUGAAGUGGAAUCGACGAGAAUGUGGUAAAGCGAAACCGAGAGGAACGAACGGGAACGUACAAGCGACGCAAGCAAUGAACCGAGAACGGCAACGCGGUUAAGGUCAACGCAAUAAAAAUAACGAAAAAUAAAAGAAAAAAUAAACAAAACAAAAAAUUGUGCAGAGAAAGAUAAAUAAUAAAAAAACGAAAAGCGUGCGCGGCGGCAACUAGUGAAUGGCGGCGAAAAGGCAAUAAAUAUAGACAACUUGCAAACGGGUGAGAGGCAAAGCAGGGAGAGGAAAAGAAGAAGGUCGUUUGGGGCUUGUGAUUUUUGCGAAUUUUACGAUUUUUACGUUUUCUACGACCAGCAGCCGCAGCAAAAGGCAAACAACAACGACGAGGAAUUGAAAUUAGAAAGAUAAACAAGCGUGUGGGAAAGCAAAAUAUUACAUUGAAAGCAAAAUAAAUAAGGCAGAUGCCAGAAAAAAAGUUGAAUGACAGCAGGACAUAGCAAAUGCGAAUGGCAUUGAUGCAGAAAAGUGAAAACGUAAGUGAAAUUUCAAGCGCGGCACUAAAGCUUUAGUGACUUGCGGAAAAGCAUAAGUGAAACAGGCAGCCAGCGGAAAAGCAAACUUGAAGACAUAGAUGAUGGAAGCAAUCCGUUAACAGAAAAUACGAGCUAACAGAACUUUUAAAAGAAAAAAAUUACUGCCAGAAAAGCUGGAGAGCGAAAGGCGCUGCUUUAGCGGCAAUUGAAUUAGAAUAAAAUAGCAUUGAAGUUUUUAGCAAUAAUUUUCGCAGAAGAAAACAUAUCAGAAGCAAUUUUUUGCUUUAUAUAUUAUUUUCACUGCAUAUCUGUAGGCGCUACUAGCCACAAAACCGCUAAGAAGCUGUGAAGAGCAUUUAAAUACAAAAAUAAUUUCCAAGCACUGCAAAGAACGAGGCUAAAUUAUGCACAAAAGCUAAAAUAAAAGCAAAAAAAUAUCAAUGUAAUAAAGAAUUUACAAACAAAGCAACAAUACACGGCGCCCAAAAGUAUGCCAACUAAUUGCACAAAUAAAUAAAUGCGCCUCACACACACAGCAACUAGCAAGGUAAACGGCAAGCAGCAACAGCACGGCAAUCAACGGAAUCGACAACGCAUAAAUUAGGCCUAAUUGAGGCAUAAAUUUAGGCGCGAGGACAUAUAUGCAUUUAUACAGCUGUCAGCGCAGCAUAGGGACACAAUUGAAGCCGAGCGGCGAAAGUGAGUAGAAGAAAGUGGAAGAGUAAUAGCAGCGCGCGAGUUAUAUAGCAAACGUGCGAGCUUUUCAAAACGAAAUAAGGCUUCCCCAUCAACUUCUAGUCAAUCGCGCGAGAGCACACACACGCACACCGACUGCUUACGCCAACUAAAUAUCAGCACCCACACAACCUCGAAAAGAUGGCGUUCAUUUGGCGUCGCCGCUCUGCGUCCAUUGUAAAAAUCGUUGCCAUACUUACAGCCAUUUGGUUCACAGUCGCCUUUUUCAUCUACAGCGAUGAUGCGGGCAGUGAGAACAACAGCAACAACAAAUGGAGCGGCAUGUCGUUGGCGCUGAAAAGCGUCGCAGGUGGUGGUGGCGGUGUAGGCGGCGGUGCGCCAAACAAUUUGCCUGCCGACCAUGAGCAGCAGGGCAUUUAUGAGGCUGGUGGCGGUUUUGGUGUGGAUCGUGGCGGUGCGAUUGCCGACGAUGGUGUUGACGCACUGAGCGGUGGUGGUAGGCGCGAACAACGUCGCGGUGUUGGCGAUGUGCCGCCACUUGAGAAUAAUCAGCUGAAUGCGAAUGAAGAUGUUGGCGCGGCCGGUGAUGGCAACAAUAAUGCUGACGCGGAUGCGGGCAUUGUUGAGGCUGACCUCAAUGUAGGCGAUGAAUCAGUGCAGAAUAAUGUGGUGGUGGCGCAUCCAAAUGAGAACGUCUAUCGUGGCAAAUUGAUUGCGGGCAAUAAACCCAGCAGGAGUGGCAGUAAAAAGGGUCCUGAGGAAGAUGACAAAGGCGUACUCAUGGCACCAUCGCCACCCAAAGAUGCACCCGGCGAAAUGGGUAAACCGGUAGUAUUACCCACCAAUAUGACAGAAGAAAUGAAGAAAGCUGUCGAUGAUGGUUGGGCGAAAAAUGCCUUCAAUCAAUAUGUAUCCGAUAUGAUAUCGGUGCAUCGAACAUUGCCAGAUACGCGCGAUGCGUGGUGCAAGGAACCCGGCCGCUAUCUAAAAAAUCUUCCCGCCACCGAUGUCAUCAUUUGCUUCCACAAUGAGGCGUGGUCGGUGCUGUUGCGAACAGUGCACUCGGUGUUGGAUCGUUCGCCGCCAGAGUUAAUUAACAAAGUCAUACUGGUCGACGACUUCUCCGAUAUGCCACAUACCAAACAACAGCUGGACGAUUAUUUUGCCGCCUAUCCAAAGGUGCAGAUUUUGCGCGCCCCCAAACGUGAAGGUCUGAUACGAGCGCGUCUAUUGGGCGCACGUCAUGCCACAGCGCCGGUGUUGACGUACCUGGAUUCGCACUGCGAGUGCACCGAAGGUUGGCUUGAACCCCUGCUCGAUCGUAUCGCUCGCAAUAGCACCACCGUCGUUUGUCCGGUCAUCGACGUUAUUGAUGAUACAACAUUGGAAUUCCAUUUCCACGAUUCGGGCCUAGUGAAUGUGGGUGGUUUUGAUUGGAAUUUGCAAUUUAAUUGGCAUGGAGUGCCGGAACGUGAAAAAGGUCGACGAGAGCACAAUGCUGCGCCUGUUCCCUCUCCUACCAUGGCUGGUGGCCUAUUCUCCAUUGAUCGGAAAUUCUUCGAACGUCUUGGCACCUAUGACUCUGGCUUCGAUAUUUGGGGUGGUGAGAAUUUGGAAUUAUCUUUCAAGACCUGGAUGUGCGGUGGUACAUUAGAGAUUAUACCCUGUUCACAAGUUGGUCAUAUCUUCCGCAAACGAUCGCCAUAUAAGUGGCGUUCCGGUGUUAAUGUGCUGAAGAAGAAUUCCGUACGCUUGGCUGAAGUUUGGCUAGAUGACUAUGCGAAAUACUACUAUCAACGCAUUGGAUACAACAAGGGCGAUUUUGGAGAUGUGAGCUCACGCAGAGCGCUUAGAGAAAAUCUCGGUUGCAAGAGCUUCAAAUGGUAUCUGGACAAUAUCUAUCCGGAAUUAUUCAUACCUGGCGAUUCAGUGGCGCAUGGCGAGAUAAGAAAUCUAGGUGCUGGCGGUCGCACAUGUUUGGACUCUCCAGCGGACAAGAAGAAUUUGAAGAAGGCUGUGGGACUAUAUCCUUGCCACAGACAAGGUGGCAAUCAGUAUUGGAUGCUCAGCAAAGCGGGUGAAAUACGACGCGAUGAAGCCUGUCUUGAUUAUGCUGGCCACGAUGUGAUACUGUAUCCAUGUCACGGUUCCAAAGGAAAUCAGUUCUGGAAAUACAAUCAGCAAAAUCAUCAAAUACGACACGGUCCGUCCGACAAGUGUUUAGCCAUUUCGGAGAAGAAAGACAAAGUGCUCAUGGAAGAGUGCGAUUCGAAUCAACUGCGACAACAAUGGAAGCUCGAAAAUUACGAUCCAUCGAAAUUGUGAGGUUACUUUUAUGCCGAUGGCACGGUUUUAUUGCCGACGCACAAGCGACGAAAAUAGCAUAAAUUACGCACAGGACAUACACAACUGUAACAACAAAAAUUACUGUAACAACAAAACAAAAAUUAAGACAACAACAACCACUACAAUUAACAACACGGAUAUAUACAACAUAAAGUGCUGCAACAAAUGAGAUACGGAAGUAGCCGACGAGGUCAGUACCAACUACAACAACAACAACAACCACGAAAUAGCGCGCAACUGAAGUGCAACGACUGGCGCGAGUGAUAGCAUAGCGCAUCCAGCGGCAGCAACGGAUAACAACUCAAGCACAAUAUGGCCACAAUUAUCCAUGACUUUAAAUGUGAAAUUGCAGCCAGUUAUAGCCAAGCGUAUGCACACAUAUAAAUACAUACAUACAUACAAAACCACUAACAUGAAGAGAAAUUUAAGCUUACGCUUAACAAUUUGUGGUGGAAAAUGCGAAUUUAUGCAGACAUUUGUAUGUGUGUGCACUUGUAACAUGUCUGGCCCGUGUUAAAGCUGGCAUCUCCAGGUAAAAGGAUAUUGCGAAAGUACUUACAACAACACUCAAACACACACACGCAGAUAAUCUUUAAGCUUCCGUUCGAACUGAAAAAUAUUUCCACAUAAAAGUCCCAUGUAGCGCCGGCAGUGUAUGUAGAUACAUUAGGGCGGGUCAAUUUGUAUGGAAAUUGAUUUUUUUUUUUUUGACUAUGCGGAUGUCGCACAGAAGUAGUUAACAUUUAAUUCCAAGCAAAUUUACCGAAGCAACCAUGGCUCCAAAAUCAAUUUCGAGCUUGCCAAAUUGCGAAAAUAGGUGUAUUUUCCUAAGCAUUUUGCUGUGGUGUCGUAAAUGCUUCAAUUUUGUAUAAAAAUUUGCUUUAAGGAGGUUUUUGGGAUGAAGAAUCAAUUUCGGCACUUAUCUUUUUCUUAAAACUUCCACUAGUGGGCGCAACAGUGAAAAUUUUCACCAUUUACUUAGAAA